UGAAUCAACUGUUUACCUGUUAGUAGGAAAGGGCUAAAAUAAAACAUUGUCUUGUUAGGUUAAUAGCACAUGAGGAGCUCUAGGACAGGGAGGAAAGUAGGGCAGCUUGUUUUGGAACUUGUGCUGGAGAACAAAUAAAAACCCCCAAUGUACACAUUCGGUUACCAUAUGUCACGCUUAUCAUAAAAAGACAUCUCAGUGCUAUUUCUUUUCAGGAAUGCUUGAACUCCACAGAGCAAACUCCCCUGUUGAGGAGAGCGCAUGCCAGAGGUGCUGGGGUUGCCAUUGGUGAGAUGAGCUUUUGUGCCUGUUGAGGCAGCUCCGGUGGGCAGCAAGAGUUCAUUCCUUCCAGUGCUUCCCCCUGUGGAUGUGAUUGACGUUGGCAUCUGGAUUGCUGCAACUGAAGAAGGAAAGCAAAGGAGCCUAAUUUUGCUGAGAGAAUUUUCCUGGCAGGGGACGGUGGACAGUGCAGAGAGAUGUGCCAGCCAAGAGCCUGGAAGUGCAAGUCCAGGUGCUAGGGCAAGUUUCACCCAAGCCAUGCUGUGGUGAAUCCUUUCUCUCCAGCAGCAGCUUGCUCAGCACCAGGGUGGCUGUGAGGGGCUGCCCAUGGCACUCAGGCAGCCUCAGCUGGAUUAGUGCCUGCUCUGUCUUUGCUUAAGCCAUCUGAAGAACUGAAGAAGAUUGUAGGGAAGAUGUUGGACUUGAGCUUCCUGACCGAAGAGGAGUAUGAAAAGCUGAUGAAGGUUCUGCAGAGAGAUGCAGAGCUGAAGAAGAAGGAUGGAGAUCGCAUCAGGCGGAUUCAAGGCUCCAUCAAGGAUGAAAAGAAGAAGAAGUUUGUGACAGGUGAAUGGUUUUCAGAAGUGAAGGCAAAACGGUUUCAGGAAGACUUGGAGGGGCCUGAUCUACUUUGGGCAUCAAUUAGAAGAAAAAAGGGCAAACUAGAAAAUGAGGCCAGCAAGCACAUCCAGAUGGGUCUGGAAAGCAAAGCUGCCCCAAGUCCUGUGUUUCCUGAGGAUGUUCUUGAUGCAGGAGAGGGAAGAUCCAGCACACCUGCUCUUGACACCACAGAGCAGAAAAUUUUGCCAGGACUUCCUGUCCAGUUGUCUGCAUCAUACAAGAGAUCCAGCAUCCAUGAUGUUUUUUCCUCAGAGAGUGACACUGGAACAAGUCCAUUUGUGACUGCAACAAACAGCUUUCAUUUGUCUAGAAAAGGUCAUGGAGUAUCUCCAUUAUUCACCAAGCUUUCAGAGGAUGCUGUGCCUCAGCCCAGUACUGCAGCUGGAGGAGAGGCUGUUGAUGGGGCCACUGGCACUACAGAGGGGCAAAAAACUCCACCCAAAGAAACUUACGCUCCCAGCAAAAUACCAGUUACAAAGAAACCAAGCAGAACCUUCUCCAGACCUCUGCCCACAGAAGAGGAAAGCAGCUGGGCUGGUAAGCGAGGCAUGAACUACACGAUCUCGUCGUUGAGUAACAGAGAGGAGGAUAUCGGUCUUGACCGUGAACACUUCAAGAACUUGAAGAACUUUUGGGAGAAGGGAGCAGACUCAGUGGCAGUGGGGAGCAUGGCAGCAGAGCCAGUCUGGGCAGAGGCAAACAGUUGGGAGUUCAAGCUGUGCCACUUCCUCUCUGUGCAGUCUGGGAAAGGCCAGGAUGCUGAUGAAAAAUAUGGCACCUUCAUCAAAACAAGGACCCCCUACAAAAGGACAAUCACGUUGUCUUCUAGUGAGGAGGGGCCAAGCUAUGCCACUUCUGCAAGGAAGGGCUCAGUUUCCAUCACUCCCAGAUCCACUUAUGCCAAGAGCAAAGGCAGCCUGGUUAAAAGAAAUGGCUUUCUGGGUGAAAGCAAUGGGAGCCUGCUGAUGCCAGAGGAAGAGAAGAUGUUGCAGCACUGCUCCAAGAAAUCCAGACUGCCUGUGCGAGCACUUUCCACCCACCUCGAGUCACCUACCAAGGAUGUGUCUGGGAGCACACUGGCGCCAGGGACAGCUGCGGAGGAGCUGGUUGUGGCAGAAGUGCACAAGCCCACAGUGAAGUCUCUGGCCAGCAAGGUGCAGAUACUGAUUGAGCCUGUGCUCACAGAUGGUGGAAGCGAUGAUGAGAAAGAGGAAAGAUCUGAUUUGGUUGAACCAUCUGGAGAGAGAGAAGCUGUUCAGGGAACAGACUCAGCUGUUUACUCAGAGAAAGACUGGGAUCAUUCUCCUGCUGCUCAGGCACUGGCCCGAGCAAAUAGCAUUAAUCUUGCAAAGAGCAUGGUGAACAUUUACACAACCACAGAGAGUGAGUAACAUCUUUCUUCUUUU